GAAGCGCGCGGCCGCAGAUGCGUCUUCAAUUCGAAGCUGCGGCGGCAUUACAGCCGCCUUCUCAAGUCGCGACGCUUGAGCGGCUUGCUUGCGUGGCAAGAGUGCGCCGAAGGCUUGCGGGCCGCCGGCGUGGGCCCUCGAUCUGGCACCGUCCCAGUCGAACAGUCUUGGGCCAUCACUGCUUCGCACUGGCCAUCCGAGACUAAGACUGCAGGAGAGAAAGUUUUCAAGUUUUUUGCAGACUUGUCAUUCCUGCGGUUUUUGUACAUGCACUUCCACAGUUCGGCGUUGCCCGCGUGGGUCGACGAUGACGUCAUGUAUUUCCAGCAGAGCGAACGCGCCCGUCUCAUGCUCGAGCCCGAGACAGCUCUGCGGCUGGAGCAAGAGUUGGCGGACGCCGCUCGCCAGAGUUCGCAGUGA